UUGAGCAAGAUUUGGUGUUGUCGCUGUAACUAUUAUCAACGUCAAUAUAGUCCUAGCCCGAAAGGGGCUAUAUUAUUCAAGGGGUCAAUUAAUUUCGGACAUUUCAAGCCUGGAGUUUCGAUAUGCAGAAGUUAAUUUUCGUCUUGGUUUGCGUCGCAGCCGCCGUUCAGGCGGAUCUGAAGGUCGGACUGCAAAGGUCCCUGGUGCAGAAGUUCAACACCUCCGAGCAAGUUUUGCUACAGAACCUUCAGGAAAAAUUCUUCGCAUGGAAGGACAGUGCCACUCCCAGCGACCAGACCUUGAUGGCCGAAAUCACAGAUGAGAUUGAGGUGGCACUGGUUACUCUGUACCGGAAAUGUGAGAGGUUGGCAGCCAAAGCUGGGAUGUCUGAGAUCCCAGAGGCCAUCAAACUCGCCAUUGAAAAGAAGUUUAACUCUACUGGAUACGGAAUGAGGGACGAAAUUGUCGCCUUGUUCCAGGCUUACCUAGGGGACAGGGAUGAGGUUAAACUCUUCGCGGCUGUCAAACAGCGUGUGCCAAUGAGGAUGGGGCAGUUGAUGAAGAAGAUCGAGAUUGUCGUUGAAAAGGCCGAAAACCAAGGCAACAAGGGCAGCAACAAUGGUGGCAACAAUGGUGACAACAAUGGACAGGGUGGAAUGACCCCAGAACUCGAGGGCAACAUCAGCGACAUGUUCAACACCACAAAAUCCAGUCUGCUUGGAGAGCUCCAAGGAAGAUUCGAGGCAUGGAGAGACAGCCCCACCCCCAACGACCAAGUCCUGAUCCAAGAAACCACCGAUGUCAUUGAGGGAUUCCUCAUUAAUUUAUUCCAAAGUGGUGAACAAUACAUUAUGGAAAGUGGCAACUACAAUACUGAGGAGAUUCCAUCAGAUGCCAAAACUGCUCUCGAGAAGAAGUUCAACUCCACUGGAUACGGAAUGAGAGACGAGAUAGUUGCUGCAUUCCGGACUUAUCUGGGGGAUCGCGAUGAGGGCAAACUUUUCGCCUUUGUUGAAAACACUGUCCCAAAGAGGAUGGAUGCCUUGAUGUCAAAGGUUGAACAGGUCGUUGGCAACGCUGCGAAGUACGACAAGCCCACUCAGGGUAAUGGAAACAACAACGGAGGUGGCCAGGAACAGGGUGGAAUGACCCCAGAACUCGAGGGUAACAUCAGCGACAUGUUCAACACCACAAAAUCCAGUCUGCUUGGAGAGCUCCAAGGAAGAUUCGAGGCAUGGAGAGACAGCCCCAACCCCAACGACCAAGUCCUGAUCCAAGAAACCACCGAUGUCAUUGAGGGAUUCCUCAUUAAUUUAUUCCAAAGUGGUGAACAAUACAUUAUGGAAAGUGGCAACUACAAUACUGAGGAGAUUCCAUCAGAUGCCAAAACUGCUCUCGAGAAGAAGUUCAACUCCACUGGAUACGGAAUGAGAGACGAGAUAGUUGCUGCAUUCCGGACUUAUCUGGGGGAUCGCGAUGAGGGCAAACUUUUCGCCUUUGUUGAAAACACUGUACCAAAGAGGAUGGAUGCCUUGAUGUCAAAGGUUGAACAGGUCGUUGGCAACGCUGCGAAGUACGACAAGCCCACUCAGGGUAAUGGAAACAACAACGGAGGUGGCCAGGAACAGGGUGGAAUGACCCCAGAACUCGAGGGUAACAUCAGCGACAUGUUCAACACCACAAAAUCCAGUCUGCUUGGAGAGCUCCAAGGAAGAUUCGAGGCAUGGAGAGACAGCCCCAACCCCAACGACCAAGUCCUGAUCCAAGAAACCACCGAUGUCAUUGAGGGAUUCCUCACUAAUUUAUUUCAGAGUGGUGAACAAUACAUUAUGGAAAGUGGCAACUACAAUACUGAGGAGAUUCCAUCAGAUGCCAAAACUGCUCUCGAGAAGAAGUUCAACUCCACUGGAUACGGAAUGAGAGACGAGAUAGUUGCUGCCUUCAAGACUUAUCUGGGGGAUCGCGAUGAAGGCAAACUUUUCGCCUUUGUUGAAAACACUGUACCAAAGAAAAUGGAUCAGUUGCAGUCCAAGGUUGAGGGAGUUGUUGGCCAGGCCAAUAAGUUCAACCCUUCAAAGGGUGGCGAGACCAAGGUUGACGGGCUGUCAGACAAAACCAGUGAUGAUCUCGCCAGUCGUUUCAGCGGAUCUUUGCAAGCCCUUCUUGAUGACAUGCAGACCGUUUUCGUGGAUUGGCAGAGCCACGGUAAUGAUGCCAAACUUAUGAAAGUCGUCGAGAAGAAGCUCAACAAACAACUGACCUCCGCGCACAAUAAGGCCGCGAGAUUGAUGAAGAUGGUGAAUAAUGGUAAGAAAUUAUCAUCCAAGGUCAAGGCUGAACUCGCGAAGAAGUUCAGUUCUACUGGACAGAAAAUGGUUGACGAAGUCAAAGGUGCAUUCGAGACGUUCCUCCAAGAUAAGGAUCAAGAAACCAUGUUCAGUAACGUCGAAAGCAUUGUCAGGAUGAGGUUUGGAAACCUUGAAACAAAGGUUCAGGGCGUUGUCAAGAAGGUGGAGUAAUAACCUUAUAUCAACCAAGGGACAUUGCAGAACUAAAGUAAAGUAGAAAGAUUCGUAAUACCACCCAUGGUGUUAAGGCACCGCAUAUCUUCUUCCCGAGCGCCAUGGGCUUAUCAAAGUUAGAAUGGAUCACGACAGGAGGCAGUACAACCAGCCUCAGAAGGCAAUUCUGAUGAUGGGACCUUUGGAAUCCUUCCGCAAAACUAUAUAAUUCAUAUUCUUCCAAUUAAUUUCUUUUCACGUCUUUAAGGUCAGUGGCAGAAAUUCAUUUUCUGGCUCUAUCACUGUCAUUCUAGAUGAAUAACUUGGACCGAGGGGUCAAAAGUAUAAUUCUGCAGGACUUACCUACUGCCCUCAUAAAAGUCAAUAAAGAGUAUCUAUAUAUACUAAGAAUAAAAACGAUGUUUUUAUUACCUACUCUUUUAAUACUACUAUAUUAUACAUGUAAAAUUUUGAGAUUUAUAUAAUUACCACACUAGUCUAUUUGCGGUAACGAUUUAUAUUUUUCAAUAAAAAGCAUCUAUG